UGUGUGUUUGCGUAGGAGCAAUCAGAACAGAUGACACAAGGAAGUAAAAAACACACAGGCUUAAGAGCAAAAGUUGGAUUUGAAACCCAGCUGUAUGACUUUGGGCAACUCUUUUAACCUCUGGGCCUCAGUUCCUCAUUUGUAAAACGGGAUAACCCCACCUACGUCACAAGGUUGGUGCAGAGAUCAAAGUACAAGUCACCAAGUGCUCGGCGCGUGCGAGGAAUUCCGCAGACUGUUGGCAUUUUUGUUGUUAGGUUUUCCAGACUUGAACACUGCCUCCCCAAACCAAUGAGAUCCUUAGCAAUCCGGGGGAGGCUGAAACAUACAGAGACCUGCACCUGUCCCCGGUGCGUGGGUACUGUUUUCCUUCAUGCAUCCCAAGAGCCAGACCUCCUGUCCUCUGAAUCAUUCCCCCAUGGGGCUGGCUCCCACCUCGUCUCUUUCAGCCUCCUCUUGGUCUGACAUCAGUGCUGGCUUUCCUCUCCAGCUUCCCUGUUCCCUGCGACCCAGACAACAAAGUAAGCCAGAGAGGGUGAUGUGGCAAAGAGGGGGAGCAGCCUCCCACACACACCUGUCUGCUUCCAGCCGUUACAUAAUAUCAGUUAGACAGGAAACAAGGAAAGGCAGUAGCAGCAGGAUGGAGGGAAGGGAGCCUGUGGCUUUGUCCUGGGUCUGCUAUUCCUGGUGGGAAGAAAGAGUGGUCUCCUCUUUCAAGUUAUGCUUAUAGGACGACUCGGGGCAGAGCCACUGACAUGGCCCCAUGACCUGAGCUGGUCCCAUGGGGAGCCCAGGCAAGUGGCUCUGAAGGCGAAUUGUCUCUCUGUGUAUUUCCCCCAGGGAAGAGUGGGCAGAUGACAGAGGUAUUGGUUAAGCCAGGCUGAGCUUGGUGAUUGGGCUCCGUGUGUGUGUGUGUCUGUGUGUGUCUCUGUGUGUGUGUGUACAUGUGAAUUCCCCCUGACACCUCUAUCUCCAGCUAGGUCUAGGAACUGAGCUUUGAAGCUUAGGAUGUGGCUUCUACUUACUACAUCUUCAGAUGCAGCACAUAUUGGGAUGUCACAGCUUAACAGUGUAUCUAGCAGGGCUCCCCCAGAUCCAUCCCCUUCUGCCACAGCCUUCAGGAGUUUUAGGCUGGGACAAGGUUCUGGUCCUGGGACUGACCACUAACCUAGCUGCUCUCCAGAAUGGGCCCUGGCUGGCUCCUGACCCCCAAUUUCAGGGCACAAAGUUUGCACACAGCCUGCAGAGAUGUGGGGAACCACAGGGGUGGAGCCUCAGCUGGGCACCCCCAGCAGGCCGGGCCAUGAUGCUCCCGGGGGGGAAAGCGCAGUCUUCCUGGUCAUGGAUCCAUUUGACCCGGAGCUGGUCCCCUGCUUGGAAGAAGCCUGCGCCCUCUGUUCCCCCUCACAAGCUAGACAGCAAUCACGCUGGGGCUGGCUGAGCAAGCCAAACUCAUAAGACCCGUCUGACACAAAGAUGCCAUGUCACCAACAUACAUGUUUUGACACAUACCCAGCAGAAGGGCCAGUUUGGGGAACCAGCCAUUGCCUACUUUUCCAGGAGGCAAGACAAGGCCUUGGGUGGCAAGAGGGCCCCUCCCACACAUGGAGAUGAGCCAGCUGGAGUAGGCUGACUGCCAGGACCCCAGCCGAUCAAUUAAUCACCGAAUAGUUAGAGUGUUUCUGUGUACAAGGCCCUGGCUUGAAUACUCUGGAUGGGAAGUCAGAGAUGUUAAAAGUGAUGACUAUUUCAGCUCUGCAUGGCACUUUGCAGUUUACAAACCACUUUCAUACACUUGUUUUCCUCUUCUAAUCCUCAAGGCAGGCAUUACUAAGGACAUGAUUCUUCAAAUUUAUGCAUGAGGAUGCUGAUAUAAAUGUAAUAGUAGAUACCAUCUAUUAAGGGCUUGCUUGCAGCAGCUUGCUCAGCCAGCCCGAGAGCUGUCUAUCACUUACUUUCAUCUAUUUCUCACCCCAGCCCUGUGAGGUCGCUAUUAUCAUCCCUUUUCAAGUGAGGAACUCAGGCACACUGGUUGAAUAACUUGCCACAGUUUCCCAGCUAGUAAGUGAUGGGACCAGGAUUCAAACCCUAAACCUACGUUCUUACUGAUGUACCUAGAAGAGAUUUGCCCAAGGUCACGGGGUAAAAAAGUGCUGGAUUCUGAACCAGAGAACGUGACUUUUCAUACUCAUUCAGUGAUGUCUCAGAAUUUGCUGGGUAGUUUUAAGAAUCCUCAAAAGCCUGAACUUCCAAGGAGAGGGAGGGUGGGCCUUGGCCUUAGCAAAUGUCUCUAGAGGAAGGUCCUGUCUGGUUUGCAGCCAGGGAGGACUAUGCGGCCCCCAGUGGGGAGCAGUGGGCUCUGGUGGGGCCUGACAUUCCUGCCCUGCUCUGCCCCAGUGUUUGAGAAUAGCAGCAAGAUCGUGAUUGUCAUGGAGUACGCCAGCCGGGGUGACCUGUACGACCACAUCAGCGAGCGGCAGCGGCUCAGUGAGCGCGACGCCCGGCAUUUCUUCCGGCAGAUUGUCUCCGCUGUGCACUACUGCCACCAGAACGGGAUUGUCCACCGAGAUCUCAAGCUGGAGAACAUCCUCUUAGAUGCCAGUGGAAAUAUCAAGAUCGCUGACUUUGGCCUCUCCAACCUCUACCACCAAGGCAAGUUCUUGCAGACGUUCUGCGGGAGCCCCCUUUACGCCUCACCCGAGAUCGUCAACGGGAAGCCCUACACGGGCCCAGAGGUGGACAGCUGGUCCCUAGGUGUUCUCCUAUACAUCCUGGUGCAUGGCACCAUGCCCUUUGAUGGGCAGGACCAUAAGACGCUGGUGAAACAGAUCAGCAAUGGGGCCUAUCGGCAGCCGCCUAAACCCUCCGAUGCCUGUGGCCUGAUCCGCUGGCUGUUAAUGGUGAACCCUACCCGCCGGGCCACCCUGGAGGAUGUGGCCAGUCACUGGUGGGUUAACUGGGGCUACACCACCCGUGUUGGAGAGCAGGAGGCUCUGCACGAGGGAGGGCACCCGGGCAGUGACUCUGGCCGGGCCUCCAUGGCUGACUGGCUCCGGAGGUCCUCCCGCCCUCUCCUGGAGAAUGGGGCCAAGGUCUGCAGCUUCUUCAAGCAGCACACGCCUGGAGGUGGGAGCAUCACCUCCGGCCUGGAGCGCCAGCAUUCGCUCAAGAAGUCCCGCAAAGAGAAUGACAUGGCCCAGACUCUCCAGGGGGACCCAGCUGCCAACAGCUCCCCUCGCCUUGGCAAGGGCACCCUCAAGCUGCCGAAAGGCAUUCUCAAGAAGAAGGCGUCGGCCUGCUCGGAGGCACCAAGGGAGGGCCCUGAGCUCAGCCCCGUCCCUACAAGCCCAGGACAGGCUGCCCCCCUGCUCCCCAAGAAAGGCAUCCUCAAGAAGUCUCGCCAGCGUGAGUCUGGCUACUACUCGUCUCCUGAACCCAGCGAGUCUGGGGAGCUCUUGGAUGCAGGGGACGUGUUUGUGAGUGGGGAUGCUGUGGAGCACAAGCCCCCACCAGCCUCAGGGCUGCUGCUCCAUCCGAAGGGCAUCCUCAAACACAACGGCAAGUUCUCCCACACAGCCCUGGAGCUCCCCGCCCCCGCCACCUUCGGCUCUUUGGAUGAACUGGCCUCACCUCGCCCUCCAGCCCGGGCCAGCCGCCCCUCAGGGGCUGUGAGUGAGGACAGCAUCCUGUCCUCUGAGUCCUUUGACCAGCUGGACUUGCCUGAGCGGCUCCCUGAGCCCCCACUGCGGGGCUGCGUGUCUGUGGACAACCUCCUGGGGCUUGAGAAGCCCCCCUCAGAAGGCCCUGGAAGCAGAGGCCUGAGGCGCUGGCGGCAGGACCCCUUGGGGGAGAGCUGCUUUUCCUUGAUGGACUGCCAGGAAGGGGCAGAGGCCUGCCAACAGGCACUGGGGGUCUGCUCAGAGCUCAGCUGAGGGUGGGGGCAUCGCCCCGCCCGGGCAGGCUCUAAGAUGCAGCUGGCUGCACCCUCAGGGGAGACAGCCUUCUUCCCUGCCACCCAGGACCAACAUCCCAGCCCAGAAGGCUGAGAGGGUUUGCAAUCGAGCCCUGGGGAGGGCUGUACGUGGGGAGUGGGCAAGUGAAGUGCAUUGAGGGUUCGAUGUCUUCAGCCCCAUCCAACCAAGAAGAUAGUAGAGGGAAAAAGAGUAGAGAAGUAGAGGGGCAGGCCCGUGGCCGAGUCCCCGUUGCCUGUUUCUUGUACACAUAGUAGGGCCACAGAGAUCUGGAAAGAGCGCGCUCUUAGCACUCAUCUCCUUUAUUGUAAUGAGAAAGUUUCCUGCAUGGUCCCUUCCUGCCGAGGUGGGGGUGGAAACUCUUCUUUCAUUCACACAUACAUUCCCAUCUCCACCAACCACAAACUGAAAUGUGGCACCCCUAACACCCUGGGGUGUCCUGGAAAUGUCCUCCCAACGCCUGCCCUUCCUUACUUACCUGAGCAGUAAGAGAACGCAACCUCUUGUUUCCUCAAAGGUUCUCUCCCUUUUCCCCUCCUCCAAACCUGGCCCAAGCCUCCUGGAGUCGCUGCUAUGAAUCUAAAGGACUUGAAAAGGCUCAGGCUGCUAUUGGACUUCAUCUCAAGGGGCCCAGAUGCCGCUGGACCCCACCUUGGACCUCAAAGACUCUGAACUUCUCCGGCCUCCAAGCUGCUCCUGCUACUGAGAAUGGCCAUGUCUAUUUCUCUGGGCCCUAGAAUGUUCUUAUUUAUUUUUAUGUUUUCAACACUGUUUUUUUUAAAAAGUGAGCCUUCUAUCUUCGAUAAUGUGAAUACUGUGUUCUGGGGAAAUCCACUGUGCCAUCUAAAUGUUGUGCAGAGAGACACAGUUUUGCAAUGAUUCUCGACUGAUUAAGGGGAAGUGGAGGGGGAAUCUUUUAUAAAUCUACAUAUCCCAUUAUACUGUCUGCAAGUGGUGUCUGGCCCCCUCACUCCGUGCCUUGAUUUCGUCUACCUGAUGGUCCCUCUUUCCUUCUGUGGGUGGAAAGAACCAUCUCAUUAAAACCAGAACGGUGAGUGGAAAACA